UUCAGUAUGUGCAACAAACUCCAAUAUUCCAAACCGUUUCUCUCUCAAUCUCAGUAGUCAAACCAAAACCGCCCCAAAACCCUUUCUUCUGCUGCCGCCGCCGCCGCCGCCGCUUACAGUAAUCUGCAGCGAGAUGGAGUUAGAGGGAAUAGAAGGAUCCUUGGUUUUGAUCAAGCAAGGCGCUGAGGCUAGGGUGUUUGAGUCUACUUUUGUUGGUAGAAGGUCUGUUGUUAAGGAACGGUUUUCAAAAAAAUAUCGGCAUCCGUUGCUGGACUCAAAGCUGACUCUCAAACGUCUUAAUGCGGAAGCUCGGUGCUUGACAAAAGCUAGAAAGCUUGGGGUCUCGACUCCAGCCCUCUAUGCUGUUGAUCCUGUGCUACAUGCUCUCACAUUCGAGUAUGUUGAAGGUCCUGCUGUGAAAGACAUAUUGCUUGACUUUGGUUUGCACGGUAUUGUUGAAGAACGAUUAGAUGAUAUCGCUGCACAGAUCGGUGAUGCCAUUGGGAAACUACAUGAUGGCGGCCUGAUCCAUGGUGAUUUGACAACAUCAAACAUGUUAGUUCGUAUCGGUACUAAUAAGUUGACACUCAUCGAUUUCGGUCUAAGCUUCACUUCAACACUUCCAGAAGAUAAAGCUGUGGAUCUUUAUGUUCUUGAACGAGCAUUGCUAUCUAUGCACUCUUCAUGCGGGAAUGUGAUGGACCGUAUCCUUGCUGCAUACAGGAAAUCCUCGAAGCAGUGGUGUGCAACCUUGAACAAGCUAGCUCAAGUACGACAAAGAGGAAGAAAACGCACAAUGAUUGGAUGAGCUCUUCGCCCUUCUCUCGGACCAGGUUAUUAUAUGUAAAAGUCCAUUGUGAUUUUGGUGUGCAGUGAUAUCAUAAAUCGUUGGUUAAAAAGGAUUUGAAGGAAUAGCAUCUGGGCUUUACGUUUCUGGUAUACUUAUGCUUAUGGGUAUGAGUUGAUGUUCGAAACUGAAGGCAAAGACAUUAGUGUAUUAUUGGCAUGUAAGUUUGGAUUGGAAAAUUGUAAUUACCAUUUUAUUUAAACUGAUGCAUAAUUUUUGUCC